CACUAUGACUGACACGACAAUAUCUGAUUGACUGUAUCUCAUCAUUAUAUUGAUAUUAAACGAAAUUGUUUUUACUUUUGCUGUAUCUAUAAUCUAAUUUAUAGGAAAUAAUUACUUUUGUAAGAAAAAAUAAUAUAUUACAAUACUCACCGACUCGUCCAUCCUUCGAGAGAAGCGCUUCUGAAUUCCGUUUUUUAGAUUACGUUAUGGAAACCACGGAAGAUGCUCUAAUCCCUGAACCUGACGACGAAGAAUCUGACUCAGAUGGCGAGUUUGCAUUUGAAACCGAUCACUUGGCACUACGGGGCAAUAAGGACUACUGCAAUUUACUCAAAUAUAUAGUGAAACUGGAAGCUCAAAAAAUUAAAGCCCUGCAAGACAUUGAAAAUUUGGCUGAAGCACGAAAUAAAGCUUUGGAUGAUCCUAUUACAUUUGUUCACAAUUUGAAAUCCGGUAAUAUUAAUUUUCCACCAAGACAAACAAUAACUGACAUACCAAAUAUAAAUUGGAAUCAAUAUGGAAUUGAUGUAUCAUUACUCGAGAGCGAAGGAGUUGUAGACACAAAUUCAAAUAAAGAAGACUUGGAUAAUAUAAAAGUAAGAGGCAGAAAGUUCACAGACCAAAAACCCGAAACUUUCAAUCAGUUGUGGUCAUGCGAAGAGCAAAAACGAUUGGAGGAAUUGCUCGAGAUAUAUCCCGAGGAGCCGAUAGAAGCACGCAGAUACAAAAAGAUAGCACGGGAUCUUGGCACACGAACACCAAUACAAGUCAUGUGUAGAGUUCAAAAGUAUUUUGCCAAAUUAGCUAAAGCAGGUUUACCAAUACCCGGAAGAGCUCCCAAGGGUGUUAGUGCUAAAAAUAAAUCUAUAUUGUACAAGAAAUCUACAUUUUUCCCUCAGUUACAUGUGCCUGUCAAAAUGGAAGAUCCAUAUGACAGUAGUGAUACACAUGACAAUACAUCUAUAUUAGAAACUAAAGGUAACAAUAAAUCUAAAAUAGAAUUAUUGAAAGCGGCAAAGGACCAGAGGGUGUUGGAUGAAAUAUCUCCAGUGUAUCAAACAAACAUUAUGUGUGUUGGAUGUCAGACUACAGGAUUCCUUGGUGCGAGAUGGACUGACAAUGCUGGGACAGACUUUUGUACAGAUUGUGUAGUUCGGCUUUUACCAGCUGAGAGAUUAAUACCAGUUCGACAACCUCCAAUGUAAGAAGGUGUUUAAAAGUGAUAAUUAUGCUUUUUUUAACUAAUAUAAAUGUACCUGAAUAUAAUUCUUUUAAUACAAUA